AUGGCUUCUUCCUUCACUCUCCCAAGCCUUCAAUAUCCUUUCCUCAUCAAAUCUCAGUUUCUAGGUCAAAUCCACCUUCCAAUUCACCUUCAUAGAUCAUCUCCCACAAUCCCCACCACACACUCCACCAUUGGUUCAAGCCCCUGCGCCAACUUUGACCUCUUCAAGAUCAUGGAAGGCAGGGGACUCUGCAAUGGAGAAGAAGGUCUUCAACAAGAGCUCAAGAGGAACAUCUCAGAACAAAGUACACCACCACCAGCAACAGCAGCCAAAGACCAAGAAAACCCGAGUAGUCCCCCGGUCUUGCCCUGCAGCGUAGUACCAGAAAAGGCUUUCGAGAAGGAGCUGUUUGGGCUGACUGGUGGAUUCCCCGGCGGCGAAAAGGGUCUGCAGCAGUUCAUUGAGAAGAACCUCGCAUAGAAGAAGAGGACUCCUAAGGGUUAAUCCCAAAUCUGCUUAAUCUCUGCUUGGGAAAGAAUCAUUAAUGCUGUACAAUCUGAAGAAGACUAGAAUUCUAGUUAAUCAGGUUGAGUUAUCUCUGGGUGUAUGGGGUUGUCUGUCACACUUCCACAACCAAGAGACCAUAAAACUCUCUUAUUUGGAUACUAAUGGUUUGAUUCACACCUACGCUGACUUGCUCAA